AUGGCUUGUGCCACCGCCACCGUCCUGUGGCCGCUGGGCCACCUCCGGGGACAGGAGGGUGGCCACGGCCGCCCCCGCGCCCUCCGCGCCGCCGCCACGGCCGCUUCGGCCAUCGCCACGCUGGCCUACGCCGCCGAGGUGACCCGCGACCGGGCGAGGCCCGGCGAGGCCGCCCCGUACCUGGCCACCCCCUCGGGGCUGCUCAAGGUGGCCGAAGCCUUCCUCGCCCUCCUCCUCCUCGGGCUGUCGGCCGAGCUGGGCGCGGCGUCGGGAGCCGCGGCCCUGCGCUGGUGCCUGGGCAUCUACUGCGUGUCCUUCGUGCUGGGGGUGCUGCUGGUCGGGGGGUGCCUGCUGGGCUGGGGGUGGUGUGGCUGGAUGCGGGACCCCGAGGGGCUGCGCUGGGGGCUGGGGGUCUACGCGGGGCUGGGGGUGGUGGCCUACGGGGCGGCCACGGUGCUGUGGGCGCUCUACAGCUUCUCGGACGACAUGGGGGGCCAGUCCCGGAGACCCUACGGGUGUCCCGCUACCUGCUCCUGGGACAGGAAGGUGCUGGUGGCCGUGCUCAGCGGCCUCAACCUGGUGGCGUUCGGGGUGGAUUUGGGGCAGACGGGCAGGUUGGUGCUGUUGAGGGCCUGAGGGGGCACU